AAGUGGGACCCACAUCACUUUUUAAGUGAAUUGUGAGACCAAAAUUGGUCUCUGCCUUUCUCUCUCUCUCCCGACAGACGCCUCUGCUUCUCCUUCUUGUCUUUUUUUUUCUUUUCUUUUCUUUUCAUUUCAAGCUUCCAUUGUUGAUUACUCCUUCAUCUUUUGUCGGAUUGAGGUGCCGUUUGAGGCAAAACGAAGCUUGUGUCGAGCUCUACACAUCCAUACCAACAAUUCCAGAUUUGGUGCACCCUUUGGACUUCGAAAUUUAGGACCCAUUUUCUAGGGUUUGCUCAUUUUUGAGCACGAUGUCACGGCGUGAGGAACCUAGAGAAGUUGGCCCUAGACCAACAAGGGGUGAUGUUGGUGAGAGCUCUAGCUCCAAUCCGGCGGAGCCAGUUGAUGAGAACAUGCUUCUUAGGGACUUGAUUCCCCCAAGAGCUGUUCCCUCAAGAAGAGAGAAUGUUGAAACACCCGUACCCGUAGAAGUGGGUGAAGGUUCUGUGGCACUGGAGUUUAAUCGUUUGUUGCAAAAUGUCGUGAGGGCAACGAUUGUUGCUCAGCCGCAGUUGGUACCACAACCUACAGUUCGAGUUGAGGAGACUCCAGCUCAGAAGCGUCUCAAGAUCAUUAAGGGGUUUUCUCAGCUGAUGCCGGUUAUGUUUGAGGGCGGUGCGGAUCCAAUGGUAGCCGACAACUACAUGGAUCAAGUCGAAACUCAGUUGACCUCAAUGGAUGUGACAGAGGAUCACUUGAAGAUCAUCCUAGCAACUUACAAGUUUGCUAUGGAUGCCAAGGUUUGGUGGAAGUCGAUCACUAACCAGUACAAGAUUGAAGAGAUGAGUUGGGACAAGUUCAAGGAACUGUUCUAUGAAAAGUACUUUCCGCUUUCCAAAAGAUGGGAGUUACAAGACCAGUUUCAUAAUCUUAUUCAAGGGAACAUAUCAGUGGCGGAGUAUGAGAACAAGUUCACCUCACUCUCCCGUUUUGCUCCAGAAGUGGUGAGAGAUGAAGCUAACAAGACUCGGAAGUUUGUAUCGGGUCUUAAUGAUCGAAUGAGGCCGUUGAUCACGGCACAGUUUAUUAAGGUUUACUCUGAAGCAGUGGAAAGGGCUUUGAUGCUAGAGGCUGACAAUAGAGAGAAGGAUGCAAGAAGAGGGCAAUUGAAGCAAAAGAGGGUGCAACAGUCAGAUGUUCAGGUUGGCAGUCCUCAGGCACAGGUACCACAGGGACGUGUUUUUGCACUGGCACAGACAGAUGCAUCUUUUGGACCGUCAGUCCUUCGAGAUGGUUCGUUGAGGUUGUGCAUUGAUUAUCGGAAGUUGAAUCAUGCCACCAUCAAGAACAAGUAUCCUUUGCCAAGGAUAGAUGAUUUAUUUGAUCAGUUGAGGGGAGCCAGUUGUUUCUCGAAGAUUGACUUGAGGUCUGGCUAUUAUCAGUUGCGGGUUAGGGAUGAGGAUAUCCCGAAGACAGCAUUCCGUACACGGUAUGGACACUAUGAGUUCCUUGUUAUGCCUUUUGGCUUGACUAAUGCGCCAGCGGCAUUCAUGGACUUAAUGAACCGCGUCUUUCACGAUUACUUGGACCAGUUUGUGGUAGUUUUCGUGGAUGACAUUCUUGUGUACUCACGGACUCGGGAAGAUCACGAGGUCCAUUUGAGUAUUGUUCUACAGAUUUUGCGGGAGCACCGAUUGUAUGCCAAAUACGAGAAAUGUGAGUUUUGGCUACAGGAGGUGAAGUUUUUGGGGCAUGUUGUUUCAGAAGGUGGAGUAUCAGUUGAUCCAUCAAAGGUUGAAGCAGUUUUGACUUGGGAGCGACCCAAGAAUGUGUUUGAGAUCCGCAAUUUUCUUGGUUUAGCGGGUUACUAUCGAAGAUUUGUGAAGGCUUUCUCCCAGACAGGACCCGGACUUAGAUGCCAUCCACGCUUUGAUCUCUAG